GUAUUUCACAUUCUCCCCUCCUCUCUCCUACUCUCCCAUUGCUCGAUCUGCGAUCACGGUUCCAUGGAUCGGGUGCUGAAAGCAGCAAGAUCAUCCGGUUCUCUGAACCUCUCCAAUCGUUCCCUCAGAGAAGUUCCCGAUGAAGUUUACCGCAAUCUGGAAGGGCUCGGUAGUGACGAUAAGUGGUGGGAGGCUGCGGAGCUUCAGAAGCUUGUUUUAGCUCACAAUUGCAUUGAAUCAUUGAAGGAAGAUAUAAAAAAUUUACCUUUUCUUGUUGUGUUGAAUCUUAGCCACAACAGCCUUUCCCAGCUUCCAGCUGCAAUUGGAGAGCUACCUCAGUUGAAAAUGUUGGAUGUCUCGUUCAAUUCGAUUGUUAGAAUUCCGGACGAAAUUGGAUCAGCUGCGUCUCUUGUGAAGUUUGAUUUUUCAAACAAUCAGCUCAAGGAACUUCCAAGCUCACUCGGAAGAUGCUUAGAGUUGUCUGACUUAAAGGGAUCAAACAAUUCUAUUGCAUUCUUGCCAGAAGAUUUAGCAAAUUGUUCCAAAUUGUCUAAGCUAGAUAUGGAGGGAAACAAGCUAACAAUGAUAUCUGAAAAUCUCAUUUCGUCAUGGACAAUGCUUACUGAAUUGAAUGCAUCAAAAAAUUUGCUGAAUGGCUUACCAGUCAGCAUUGGAGGCCUUUCACGUUUAAUUCGUCUGGACCUCCAUCAAAACAAAAUCUCAUCAAUCCCUUCAUCAAUAAUCGGCUGCCAUUCACUCACGGAGUUUUAUUUGGGGAGUAACAAUAUUUCGACAAUACCAGUGGAGAUAGGAGCCCUUUCUCGACUAGGGACAUUAGAUCUUCACUCUAACCAGCUGAAGGAAUAUCCAGUAGAGGCAUGCAAAUUGAGUCUUUUGGUCUUGGAUCUUUCAAAUAAUUCAUUGAGUGGGUUACCCCCUGAAAUGGGCAAGAUGACUAGCUUGAGGAAACUUCUGCUUAGUGGAAAUCCUUUACGAACUCUUCGAAGCUCAUUAGUCUCUGGAAACACACCAGCGUUGCUGAAAUAUCUCCGCAGUAGGCUUUCUGAAGAUUCUGAAGAUAAGACCAUAACCAAAGAGGAAAUGAUUGCAAUGGCUACCCGAUUGUCUAUCACUUCAAAGGAACUUUCAAUGGAAGGGCUGGGGUUGAGUUCCAUUCCAUCAGAAGUAUGGGAAUCAGGGGAGGUCAUUAAACUUGAUCUUUCCAGAAACUCUAUCCAGGAGUUGCCAGUUGAACUUUCUUCUUGCGUUUCCCUUCAGACAUUGAUAUUAUCUAAGAAUCAAAUUAAAGACUGGCCAGGUUCAAUUCUUACAUCACUCACGAGCCUUUCAUGUUUGAAACUGGACAACAAUCCCCUCAGACAGAUACCUUCAGAUGGUUUUGAAGCCGUGCCUAAGCUUCAGAUCCUGGAUCUAAGUGGUAAUGCAGCUUCCUUACCAGAUGGACCUGCAUUUUCUUGUUUGCCAUUCCUGCAAAAGCUUUACCUGAGAAGAAUGAGACUCAGUGAAGUCCCAUCAGAGAUAUUGGGGUUGCAUCAACUAGAGAUUCUUGACUUGUGUCAGAAUUCCCUUCAAUCGAUUCCUGUGGGGCUAAAAGAUCUCACUUCUCUCAUGGAGCUGGAUCUAUCUGAUAACAACAUUUCAGCCCUUCCGCCUGAGCUGGGUUUGCUGGAACCAAGCCUUCAGGUAUUGAGACUUGAUGGGAAUCCAAUCAGAAGCGUACGGAGGACUGUGUUGGAUAAAGGAACAAAAGCUGUUCUGAAAUAUUUGAAGGACAGAUUGCCAGAGGCCUGAACACCAGUUUAGUUCUUCGAAAGUAUUAUAUUGGAAAUGGAAUAUCUGUUUUCAUGUGUGCUAUUUCAUGUAAUUUAUUUGUACUAUUUGAAUAUUAAAAAAAAAACAUUAAAACGUAGCUUGCUUGAGCUUGAAUAUAGUGAGUCUGGGAUGAGAGGAACUCCUGCUAUACUUUUUGUUUCAGAUAAAUGUCGUUGAUUGGCUGUUUUCAUUUAUUUUAUACAGGAAGAAAUAAACAUGGACAUGUAAUAUUGUUGUAAUGGGUGUAAUGUGUAUUUGAGAUUUCCUUUAAUACAAAAAAACCUUUUGGAGAGUCA